AAUGACUGUCGUUUGGUCGAAAACAACUAAGAAGCUUUGCCGAUGGCGUCAUUUUCCAAGUUUCUCUCUGUCGUCAGCAUCCAAGAAGGCCAUGUCGCUGCUCCCGCUGUACCCCCAACAAGCGUAUGAAGUCAACAACGGUGUCGUGCUCAACGUCGCGAGCGCCGAGAUCGACAACGUGUGCCAUGAGAUCAAGGCCGCGUGCGCUGGGUUUGGCACGGACGAGAGCCGAUUGAGCCGCGUGCUGGGGUCCCUGAAACCGAACAUACGUCACUUGGUGUCGGUGCGGUACCCCCAACUGCACAAAGGGCGCACGUUGCUGGCCGAAGUCCAAGGGGAAACCUCGGGUAGCUAUGGCAAGCUCUGCGAACUGCUCGCGCAACCGUUGGAGGAAGCAGAAGCGAUGAUCGUGCGCAACGCGACUAAGGGCAUGGGCACCAAAGAAAACCUGCUGUACCCCGUGUUCAGCGGUCGCACGGCGGAAGAGUUGACGAUCCUGAAGAAGGCGUUUUUCAAAGUGUUUGGCGAGGAUUUGGUUGUUGUAAUCGCUGACGACAUUGGCGGCGACUUGAAGAAGCACUACUUGUCCGUGUUGAACGUGCUCACGCAAUCGUACGACCCAUCGAUUCACACGCAACGCAAGGCCGAGGAAGUCGCCGAAGUCAUCUACAAGGCUGGCGAAGGCAAGUGGGGUACGGACGAAGCUACGUUCUGCAACACGCUGUGGUCGAUUCCGCCGCAGUUUAUGACCCAAGUCAACGCCGCAUAUGUUGCCAAGCACAAAAACAGUUUGGCGCGCGCGAUCGAAAAGGAGUUUGGCGGACACACGGAGCGCGCGAUGUUGUUCCAUUACAACAUGAUCACCGACCCGAUCAACACGAUCGCGGACCAGUUCGAGAAGACCAUGAAGGGCAUGGGCACCGACGAAUUUGGACUGUCCGCGGCGCUCGUGCGAUACCAGGCGUACUUGCCCCAGAUCGCGCCCGUGUACAAGACCAAGUACGGCCAGUCGCUUCGCGAUCGCAUCUACGGUGAAACUAGCGGCAACUUUCGCAAGUUGCUCAUGACAGUGGUUGAACACUCGCUUUAAGGUCCAUCAUUCUAGAGUUACCUUUUGAACAAGCCGUAGAUGGCCAGUUUAUGGUGCACUUGAAAGAGACUUUGUCGUAGAAUGCAGCUUACUCGUCUCUUAGAUGGCCAGUUUAUGGUGCACGGGACAGUUUAAGGUGCACUCAAAUUGGCCAAUGGAAUUGCUUGAUUUUUGGAAGAGCCAAUCCAAUCACUAGAAAAAUGAAAUCACUAAAAAACAGCAUACAUAUUUUAAGCUAAAACCGUGCACCA